UAGUACCAAUAGAACUCGAGAAUUAUAUGUUGUUAAAUUGAAAGACUAUAAGAAGGAAUUCGUUUGAAAAAUUAAUUUCAGUUGUUCCUAAGGUCUUAUUAUAUUAUGAGAAAUGAAUGCAAAACUAUCCGUACUGCCUUAUAUAUAUAUAUAAUAUUAUAAAAUCAUCAUGAUCUAUUAUACUAAGAUUAUAUACAUUUAUUAUAAUACGCACGUGCAAUCUAUAUUUACAUUAAUUGCCAUGCGCAUUGAUUCAACUUGACUCUGGAAAUAAAGUCAUUCGGGUAGUUUUUCUCUUCAUUUUAUUGUCGAUGCAAUUAUGCAAUCCCCUGAACUUAGAUGCAAUUGAAGUUCCGUUUAAUCCUAAAAUUUUGCAAUCAGCUAAUUUCAUAGUGAUCAUGAAAAGUGUAGAAGACUGUCAUUUCCUGGACUAGUAAAUGUGAAAGAGGUGUUUUUAAUGUUUUCUUGAAUAUCGGAACAAUUAAGCACUUCCGAUACCGCGCAUAACUUCAAAGUGUGAUAGAAAUGCAAAUUAGUUAAAUGCCAAAUACGGAGCAUAAUCCUAUUCGCCGUUGCCUAUAUAUCGGCGGUGGCGCAAAAUAUUACGUGAACAAAAUUUCCCAAAUUGCUUUGUACUUUUUUAUGCAAAAAUAAUCUGCCUGCACCAUGUGGAUAUGGGAUCUACUGCAAAUACGCAAGAGUAAGGGGUACAUUGAAAAAUUUUAUGAUUUCGUGAGACCGAGCUCUUGCAACGAGGCGUCGUCAAUUUGCAUCGUUCCCAAGAUAACUUCAAUAUUUUCAAGCGUGAGUCGUCCCUUUGAUUCUCCCGGCUAUAAUAGCUUCAACUAUGAUGACCUGGUGGCCCUCUGCACGAGUCUCAUUAUCGUUUGCAUCUGGGUGAUCAGCUUCAAAAUGUACAUCGAUUCCUUGAACGAGAUGAUGUCCGGAUUAUUUUCCGUUAAACCGCCUUCACCAAUCUGCGGACGAAUACCUUCAAUAUUUUUCCCCCCAUCGCGAUACCGGCUUCCUUCUCACAGCGACCAUCGUCCUUUUUACAUAGAAAGACGAGACUCGUCCAAAUCCUAUUUUGAUUCAAACAAGUUCGAUUGAUUUGUGAAAAAAAUACACCUUAUCUAUCUUUGUGUAACUUUUCCUUCUCUCAUUGCGUUUUUGCGGAUUUCACACUCGAUUUACUGCUCUUGAUGUUAGUUACUGUUUGACAGUCACUUAUGAUUUUUCAAACACCUACAUCCAGAACCCUGGACCGAUUCAAUCCGAUGACCUGAGUGACAAAUCGAACUCGUUUUACGAAGAAGAACUGAACGCAGAUAAACGCUUCGACUUGGAUGGAUGUCCCCGGAAGUUGCGGAAACGGAAAAAGACGCUUAGACGGCAC